CCAUUUUUCAAAAAGGAGACACUUUGUGGGUUUUCUAUGUAGCUUUACUAUUGCUAUAUCGUAGGCCCAGUUUUACAGUACAAAUACAAAAUUCGGGUUUAACUUUGUCUCUUCGCCAGUGCUUUUGGAAACCCUAGCUCUCUUCUUCGCCUCCACUGAUUAUUAAUUAUUUAGUGUUUGACACACAAAAAAAAGAAAAGCCAAAGGAUGCAGAACGAAGAGGGUGUUAUCACUGAGCUUUACAUUCCCAGGAAAUGCUCGGCUACGAACAGGCUGAUCACCGCAAAGGAUCACGCGUCUGUUCAGAUUAAUGUUGGGCAUUUGGAUGAGAAUGGUGUGUACAAUGGCCAUUUCUCCACCUUUGCUCUCUGCGGAUUCGUCCGUGCUCAGGGAGAUGCUGACAGUGGACUAGAUCGUCUCUGGCAGAAAAAGAAAGCCGAAGUCCGACAGCAGUAGACAGAGAAAGAGAGGGAGUAAAUUUUUGUUUCUAAAAUUCUGUCAUAGGAAAAAGACAAUGUGGUCCAAGGACAAACAAUUUGAUCAGUUCUGUUGUGUUGUUUAGAAUGUGGUUCAACUUGAGAUGUUUAUUGUACUGUUUUAAGGUACAUUUUUACAUAUCUUGCUUUGCUCAUUAAACAAUUGCUGCAGGUUGUGACCA